AUGGCCAAUAACUCAUUCCAUGUCCUCCGCUCGCGCUACUCCUCCUCGCUCAAAGAAUUCAUUGCGUCGCCCAGAACCUUUGAGAUUCUGGAUCGUGUCCCGGCCGACCCAACAUCAGUACCACUAUCAACUCACAACGCCCGAUCACUCUUUGUUCUAGACUCCUCAUUCAACCCCCCAUCAGCAGCGCACUUAGACAUCGCUUCAUCCGCUCUCGAAGAAUCCCCGCGUUCAUCAAGAUUGCUUUUGCUGCUGGCUACCCAGAAUGCCGACAAACCAGCCAAACCCGCGUCCUUCGAGGAUCGGCUGCUGAUGAUGAGCCUAUUCGCACAAGAAUUGCGCAUCCACCUUCAAUCGUCACUACCUUCGCUGCCCUCGGCCGAUAUACCCCACAUUGACAUUGGUGUGACCAAAAAGCCGUAUUUUGUAGAUAAAGCAGCCGCAAUAGAGCUUUCUGAGGAAUACCCAAAGGGCCUGGAACAAAUCCACCUGACGGGCUACGAUACUUUGAUUCGUAUCUUCAAUCCGAAAUACUAUCCGCCUGCCCAUACUUUACAGCCAUUAGAGCCGUUUCUUUCCCGGCAUAGACUGAGAGUCACCACGCGACCUGACGAUGAAUGGGGCGAUCGUAAAGAGCAGGAAGACUACUUACGAAACCUCGCCCAGGGCGGCCGAGAGCAAGAAGGUGGCAAACGUGAAUGGGCCGAGCGCAUCGAAUUGGUUCAAGGACACAAAGUUGAUAAAACUCCCGUAAGCUCGACGAGAGCACGAACCGCCGCUCAGAGCAAGGAUGAUAAGCUGCUUCAUUCUCUGGUCCCGGCUGCUGUCGGUUCCUAUAUCAUAUCGCAGGACCUGUAUCACGAGAGUUGA